AUGGGCGGAAAAGCCUUCUCCUCUGGCCCUCGGGCCCUCUACACCCCCAGAAUGAUCCCUGAGGUCUACGAGACCGUUCUCGUUGCCUGCCUUGCUGCCCUCCGUCCCCUCUUCCCAGCCGUCAAGUCCCUCGUCGAGGCCCCUGAGAAGACUAGUCACGGCGACAUCGACAUCCUCGUGUGCCUCGAGGACUCCUCCUGCAGCGACAAGACGGCCAUCUGGGCCCAGGUGGAGGCGGCGCUCAAGGCUUUGGCACACGAGGCCGCUGGCAACACGUCUCCUGUUGGUCAGGACGAGGGUGGCAGCGCGUUGGAGCCCAAGCUUGAGGCCAAGACUCGAUGCAUCCAAGUCGACAUUCGCCUGUGUGCCACCAGCCAGGAGCUAGAGUGGCGUUGUUUCAAACAUGCCCAUGGCGACCUGUGGAUCAUCCUGGGCUCCAUACUCCGACCGUUUGGCCUCACUGUCGACGAAGAGGCCUGCUACAUCCGCAUUCCCGAGAUCGAGAACCAGGACAGGAAGAAAGCUCGCGUCUUUCUGACGGAUAACCCUACCGACCUCCUUGAUUUUCUGGCCCUGGAGCACGAGGCCGGUCAGUGGACCUCACCCUUCCCCUCUGUCGACGAGAUGUUCGAGUAUGCCGCGAGCUGCCGCUGGUUCACCCUGUGGCCUGAGGCGCCUAACAACGAGGCUGGUUCUGCCGUCCCCGAUGGCAGCAAGGACAGGGAGGAAGCCUCCGCAGCCAAGGUCAAGCUCGAUCCCGGCGACCGAGAACGCAUGAGCCAGCGAGCCGUCUUCGCCCGCUGGGUCGAGGACUUCAUCCCACACUGCCUCGCCACGGGCCGCUUUGUCACACCAGAUCCCCAGACACGCACCAAGGCCGCCGUGCGCGACCAAGUCCGGCGCCUCGCCUUCGAGAAGUUUCCCGGCUCCGAGGCGCGGUACACAGCCCAGCUGGCUGCGUGGAACAGGGAGAAGGCGCGCAUCUUCGUCAAGAACAAGCUCAUCAAGCAUGACAUGGCCGUCCCCGAGGACAUCUCGCACAUAGGGCGGAGCUGGAGGGGCGGGCUGAGGAGCGCGCUCGUCCAGAUCAUAGUCGAGGACGAGAAUGGCUUUCAGGAGCACGGUAUCGAGACCCCUCAGCUGCGCGACGAGCACGGUGUGCUUGUGGUCGACCGCGUCAAAACUUGGAUCGAGGAGAACUGGGAGGAUGUCGGCCGUGCAGCGUGGAGCAAGAAUUGUACCCGUGCUUCGCAAUGGUUCCGCAUCAAGAAAGAGCGGGAGACGAAGAGGGCCGAG